UUUUUAAUACAGUUCCACAGCUCGUACUUUCCAUCGUCCAGUCGGCUGUUUGUGUCAGUGCUGGACACAACAUUAUUUAAAUUUGGUCAUUAUUACAAUACACUUUUCAGAAAUCUCUGAAAAUUUUCACCAUGAAAAGCAUGAAGUCAAUCCCCGUAAUCUUGCUCCUGCUCUCGCUAGCAGUCCAAUUCGCCCAAUCCGACAAAAUCCUUGUCGUCUCCUUCUUUUCUUCUAAAUCACACAAAAUUACCUACAUGCGUCUCAUCGAAGCCUUGGCCGAGAAGGGUCACCAAAUCACUGUCGUCACCCCAGUCAAGUCAAAUAAAGAAGUUAAAAAUAUACGCGAGAUUUUUACUCUAGAUCUCGAAACGAUGAUGGAGGACAAGUUCAAUCCAUUCGAGAUGAAAAAAACGGGUCAGAAGAUGAAUCCUUUUCUGAUGUUGGACGAAUUUGGUGACAUUUGUCGAAAAACUUACGACCUUCCUCAGAUCAAAGGGUUACUCAAGGAGGACUUCGAUCUAAUAUUUAUGCAGCCCCUGUUCAACGAUUGCGUUCUUGGAUUGGUUCACCGAUUAAAAGCCCCUCUCGUGCUCUUCAUGCCGAUUGGAGCCCCCAAUUUCUUAGUAUCCAAGAUAGGAGGACAUCUGCCCCCUUCAUUUGUUUCUAACGUUUUUCUUGGGUACUCCGAUGAGAUGACUUUCUAUCAAAGAAUGAUGAAUUUUGGGACCAACAUUUUCAUGGACAGUAUUAUGAAGUUCUAUUAUGAGCCUUAUAUGAGCUCGUUAUAUCGCGAAAAAUUGGGUCAAGAUAUUCCAACGGCAUCAGAAGUACUGGGGAAUGCGUCACUUAUUUUGAGCAAUGGUCACUUCAGUCUUGCUAGACCUCGUCCGUAUCUUCCUGACGUUAUUGACGUGGGGGGAAUCCAUUCCCAUCCAGCAAAGCCAUUACCCAAAGAUCUUGAAGACUUUGUCUCACAAGGAAAAGACGGUUUCAUCUAUUUCAGCAUGGGGUCUGCAAUUAAAGGAAUGCAAAUGCCGGAGGAGCGACGCCAAUUAUUUAUCAGAGUGUUUUCCAAACUGAAGCAGCAAGUUUUAUGGAAAUAUGAGACCGAAACUAUGCCUGACCUUCCAAAGAAUAUAAAGCUCAGCAAAUGGUUUCCCCAGCAGGACGUGCUCGGCCACAAGAACGCCAGGAUAUUUAUUACUCAUUGUGGUGGGGGCGGUACGGAAGAGGCCAUUUACCACGGAGUUCCACUCAUUGGAUUUCCAAUGUUUGGUGAUCAAGACAUGAAUGCUAGACUGGCCAAAAAUCAAGGAUUUUUAUAUCAACUUGACUGGAACACGGUGACCGAGGAGCAACUGACGACAGCAAUUCAUGAAGUCCUCAACAACAAACAAUAUCGAGAAUCUGUACAAAAAAUUUCCAAAGUAUUUAAAGACCAGCCAAACGAUCCCUUAACUCGUGGCGUUUAUUGGGUUGAAUAUGUCCUGAGACACAAAGGGGCCCCCCAACUUCGAAGUGCUUCUAGGAAGCUAAAUUUCAUCCAGUACCACUCAUUGGACGUAAUUGCGGCAUACUUGUCCAUAAUUUUUGGUGCUCUGUACAUAAUCUUCGCCACCUUAAGAUGGAUCGUGAGGAAAGUUUGUGGGGGGAGUUCGAAAGACAAAAAAUCACUUAAUUUAAAUAAGAAAAAGAAUCAAUAAGUGAAUUUUUAAUUUCUAAAAUUUUAAAGGUCAACAAACUUAUUGUUUUAAAAACUUGAAACUUUUAUCAAUAUUACCUGUUGUAACAAAUUGUAUUUUAUUUUACAUCAUGAAUAAAUCUGAUCGUAUGAAAAA